AUGGGUUGCACCAACAAUUCUCCCGCUUUCCAUCACCCCGCUCCAUUGUCCCGCUUUCCACUACCCCGCCCAAUUCUCCCUCUUUCCAUCACCCCUCCCCAUUCUCCCUCUUUCCAUCACCCGGCCCCAUUCUCCCGCUUUCCAUCACCCCGCCCCAUUCUCCCUCUUUCCAUCACCCCGCCCCAUUCUCCCGCUUUCUAUCACCCCGCCCCAUUUUCCCGCUUUCCAUCACCCCUUUCCAUUCUCCUGCUUUCCAUCACCCCGCCCCAUUCUCCCGCUUUCCAUCAUCCCGCCCCAUUCUCCCUCUUUCCAUCACCCCGCCCCAUUCUCCCGCUUUCCAUCACCGCGCCCCAUUCUACUGCUUUCCAUCACCCCGUCCCAUUCUCCCGCUUUCCAUCACCCCGCCCAAUUUUCCCUCUUUCCAUCACCCCGACCCAUUCUCCCUCUUUCCAUCACCCCGCCCCAUUUUCCCCCAAUCCAUCACCCCUCCCCAUUUUCACUCUUCCCAUCACCCCGUCCCAUUCUCCCGCUUUCCAUCACCCCGCCCCAUUCUCCCUUUUUCCAUCACCCCGCCCCAUUCUCCCCCAAUCCAUCACCCCGCCCCAUUUUCACUCUUUCCAUCACCCCGUCCCAUUCUCCCGCUUUCCAUCACCCCGCCCCAUUCUCCCGCUUUCCAUCACCCCGCUCCAUUCUCCCGCGUUCCAACACCCCACCCAAUUCUCCCUCUUUCCAUCACCCCUCCCCAUUCUCCCUCUUUCCAUCACCCAGCCCCAUUCUCCCGCGUUCCAUCACCCCGCCCCAUUCUCCCUCUUUCCAUCAUCGCGCCCCAUUCUCCCUCUUUCCAUCACCCCGCCCCAUUCUCCCGCUUUCCAUCACCCCGCCCCAUGCUCCCGCUUUCCAUCACCCCGCCCCAUUCUCUCGCUUUCCAUCACCACGCCCCAUUCUCCCGCUUUCCAUCACCCCGCCCCAUUCUCCCGCUUUCCAUCACUCUGCCCCAUUCUCCCGCUUUCCAUCACCCCGCCCCAUUCUCCCGCUUUCCAUCAUUCCGCCCCAUUCUUCUCCUUCCAUCACCCCGCCUCAUUCUACCUCCUUCCAUCACUCCGCCCCAUUCUCCCGCUUUCCAUCACCCCGCCCCAUUCUCCCGCUUUCCAUCACCCCGCCCCAUUCUCCCGCUUUCCAUCACCACGCCCCAUUCUCCCGCUUUCCAUCACCCCGCCCCAUUCUCCCUCCUUCCAUCACCCUGCCCCAUUCUCCCGCUUUCCGUCACCCCGCCCCAUUCUCCCGCUUUCCAUCACCUCGCCCCAUUCUUCUGCUUUCCAUCAACCCGCCCCAUUCUCCCGCUUUCAAUCACCCCGCCCCAUUCACUCGCAUUCCAUAACCCGCCCCAUUCUCCCGCUUUCCAUCACCCCGCCCCGUUCUCCCGCUUUCCAUCACCCCGCCCCAUCCUCCCGCUUUUCAUCACCCCGCCCCAUUCUCCCGCUUUCCAACAUCCCGCCCCGUUCUCCCGCUUUCCAUCACCCCGCCCCAUUCUCCCGCUUUCCAUCACCCCGCCCCAUUCUCCCGCUUUCCAUCACUCCGCCCCAUUCUCCCGCUUUCCAUCACCCCGCCCCAUUCUCCCGCUUUCCAUCAACCCGCCCCAUUCUCCCUCCUUCCAUCACCCCGCCUCAUUCUCCCUCCUUCCAUCACCCCGCCCCAUUCUCCCGCUUUCCAUCACCCCGCCCCAUUCUCCUGCUUUCCAUCACCCAGCCCCAUUCUCGCGCUUUCCAUCACCCCGCCCCAUUUUCCCGCUUUCCAUCACCCUGCCCCAAUCUCCUGCUUUCCAUCAUCCCGCCCCAUUCUCCCUCCUUCCAUCACCCCGCCCCAUUCUCCCGCUUUCCAUCACCCCGCCCCAUUCUCCCGCUUUCCAUAACCCCGCCCCAUUCUCCCUCCUUUCAUCACCCGCCCCAUUCUCCCUCCUUCCAUCACCCCGCCCCAUUCUCCCUCCUUCCAUCGCCCCGCCCCAUUCUCCCACUUUCCAUCGGCCCGCCCCAUUCUCCCGCUUUCCAUCACCCCGCCUCAUUCUCCCGCUUUCCAUCACCCCGCCCCAUUCUCCCGCUUUCCAUCACCCUGCCCCAUUCUCCCGCUUUCCAUCAGCCCACCCCAUUCUCCCGCUUUCCAUCACCCCGCCCCAUUCUCCCGCUUUCCAUCACCCUGCCCCAUUCUCCCUCCUUCCAUCACCGCGCCUCAUUCUACCUCCUUCCAUCACCCCUGUUAUAG